CGUCGUCCCAGGACCUGGCGGGAGACUGGAAGUUGCGCGGUGGCAGGCAUGGAUCAAAGUAACGAAGGCAGUAUGAAGAAGAUUAGCAAUGUGAAUCUUGACAAACUGAUAGAUGACUUCUCACAGAUAGAAAAGAAAAUGAUAGAAACCACUGGAAAGAACAACCGUCUGGAUAUCCAGCUGGAGAAGACUAAUAGUUUAUUAAAGAUAAUGCAAACAAAAGAGGCCACGAUCAAAGAAGAAUGUACUACUCUUCAUACUAUGAUAAAAGGGCUACAACAGACUAUUCAAUAUCAACACAAUUUGAAAAGUGAAAAUGAACAACUAAAAAGAAAUGUUGAUUUGAUGAAAGAGAAGUUAAAAUCUCAUGAGCAGGAAUAUAUGAAUAAUAUUGCCAAACUUAUAAGUGAAAUGAAAGUCAAAGAGGAAGGACAUAAAAUCGAAAUGAGCCAACUUUAUCAGGAUAUGCAAAGAAAAGUUGAAUUAAAUGAAGAAAAGCACAAAGAAUUAAUGGCAAAGAAGGAGAUGGAAAUAGCAGAGUUAAAUGCAAAGUUACAAACUCAAGAAAAGGAAAAACAAAAUGAAAUACUCAGACUACGUCUAGAAUUUGACACCAGACUAGCAAGAAUUCAGACGAAGUCAAAAUCCUAUGCAGAUGCUACUAUUCUGCCGCAAAGUAUCUACAGAAGGAAGCUUCAGCAUCUUCAAGAGGAAAAGAGCAAGGAGAUUGCGAGUCUCCAGAACACCAUCCGAGACCUGGAGCAGCGCCUUGCAGCAGCCAAAGACUCCCGCCUCACACGGAGACGGUUUUGAAUGAGCACUUUAUGCAACAGCUACAACUUAAUUUCUUUAAAGGCAUUGAAAAAAUCACUUCUUUUUUCAAUGUGAGCAUGCUAAAUAAUAAAGACGCACACUUUUAAGCUUUUUAAAAUUGCAUUUAUUGAGAUAAGUCUGUACUGUGGCCAAUUCUGUACUGCAUUCUUGCUUAAUGGUAUUAGCCAUAAAAGAGUUCAGGUUCAUAGGGCCGAGUUUCUCUAUUAAACCAUCAUUGAUUAUGGCAAUACUGCCUUAAGCAGCAUGUAGGUUAACAACAUACUUUUCUUCCAUUACGUCUUUCAAGACAGUCACUCACAGUUCAGAAGAACAAUACAACACAAGAUGAAGAAAUAAGAUACACAGAUGUGUGUAGUAAAGGAAAGCUAGUAGUCUUAGAUAUAAAAAAGGUAAGUAGAUAUUUAAAAUGUAGUCUGUUUAAGAUUUAGUUGGUUAAAAAUGUAAGACUAAAGAGAUGAAGUUCUUGUUGUUUUGCUAGUUUAAGUAAAGAAAAAACUGGAAAAUGUGUCUUUGUCGUUCUUUCUCCGUUCUAAAUUACAAGCUAUCCAACAGAAACCCCUAGGUCAUAGUUUAUGUUUCUGUUCUCAUUAAUGUAAAUAGAACACUGGAAAAAGACAAAGAAAGACAUAUUAACCAAAAGCUGCAAUCACUUUUUAGUUACCCCACAAUACAAAUCUGAUUUGGGCCAAAUUUUCUGUGGCAUAAAAUUUUAAAUUUCGAAGCCAAUUUGGUAGAUUCCUCCAUGUUUGCAAAAAUCCAAUUCCUGCUUUUAGUUCACUGAUUAAUUCAGUGGGUCGCAAAAUUUCUAGAAAUGAAAUUGUGUCUUCAGAAUGACUUAGGGAGUAGCCGUCUUAUUUUAAAGAUUUAGUUAGAGUGUCAUUUUCACUUUUUGGUCUUAGUAUUUCAGCUUCAGGCGGGGCUGGCUUCUGUGGGGCGUAGUGGCUGACUCCGUCAGGCAGCUGGAGGGGCCCGACACUGUCAAGAUUCAAUGACUUUCUCCUCCGCAAAAAGUCCCUGUCAGCUACAUAAAGUUGGGAGGUUUUCAGCACACUGUCAAGUGAUUGCAGACCCUGACUUCUCAAAUAUGAGAUGGCGACAGUGGCAGCAGCAGCUACUGGCGACCGUCCCGGACUCCUGAGACAAUUUACACAGGAGCUGGUUUAGGCACCCCUUCCGACAAAGCUUCCUUUGGGCAAGUGAAAGCUGUAGGCCUUCACUUGCCUGCAUGUCUCAGCUCUCCAAGUGACCCUGCCUGUGCUGGUGGUGUAAGGCUGAAGGAGGCAAAGCCGGCUUAGUAUCUAGUGUUCCUGGCUGCUCAUUCUCUGACAGCUCACUGCUCCCAAGAUGCCCAUGCCCGUGUUUGUGAUGGUGCUUGUGAGGUGUCUUUGAGGGCUCCACUGUGCUACCCACGGUAGCCGAGGACACAUUUUUACAGAAGUUUUCGUCUUCA